AUGGACGUACACAAGGUCACCACGACCAAGAACGUACACAAGGUCACCACGACCAUGGACGUACACAAGGUCACCACGACCAUGGACGUACACAAGGUCACCACGACCAUGGACGUACACAAGGUCACCACGACCAAGGACGUACACAAGGUCACCACGACCAUGGACGUACACAAGGUCACCACGACCAUGGACGUACACAAGGUCACCACGACCAUGGACGUACACAAGGUCACCACGACCAUGGACGUACACAAGGUCACCACGACCAAGAACGUACACAAGGUCACCACGACCAUGGACGUACACAAGGUCACCACGACCAAGGACGUACACAAGGUCACCACGGUCAAGGACGUACCAAAGGUCACCACGACCAAGGACGUACACAAGGUCACCACGACCAAGGCCGUACACAAGGUCACCACGAUCAAGGACGUACACAAGGUCACCACGACCAUGGACGUACACAAGGUCACCACGACCAUGGACGUACACAAGGUCACCACGGUCAAGGACGUACACAAGGUCACCACGACCAAGGACGUACACAAGGUCACCACGACCAAGGACGUACACAAGGUCACCACGACCAAGGACGUACACAAGGUCACCACGACCAAGGACGUACACAACGUCACCACGACCAAGGACGUACACAAGGUCACCACGACCAAGUACGUACACAAGGAGCCGGCGGACCAGAAGACCAAGGCGGACAAAACUCUGGCUGAGGUGUGUAGCGGAGUGUCAGAUGUGUCGAAGAUCCGCGCAUCUUGCAAGAGGAUGUGCAAGGGUCACCUCAAUAAGGUCAACAGCGUGCACUUUGCCGGUGAUAGCAGGCACCUGGUGUCCGGUUCUCUGGAUGGGAAACUCAUCAUUUGGGACAUCUAUACGGGCAAUAAGACCCAGAUCAUCCCGCUACUCUCCGCUUGGGUCAUGUCCGUAGCAUUCUCUCCUUCAGGGAACUUUGUGGCCAGCGGAGGCAUGGACAACCAGUGCACGGUCCACGACCUCAACAACAGAGACUCGACGGGCGCCGCCAAGAUCGCUCGAGAGAUGAUGGGAUACGAAGGCUUUCUCUCCUCAAUGCGCUUCCUCGACGACAACAACCUGAUCACCGGCUCAGGGGACAUGAAGGUGAUCCACUGGGACGUGAAAACAGGCAAAAAGGUGAACGAGUUCUUCGGCCACAGCGGUGACGUAGCCACCAUGAGCCUGGCUCCCGACCAGAGCUGCUUCGUCACCGGGUCUGUGGACCGCACCAUCAAGGUCUGGGACCUGAGGGACACCAAGACCUGCAAGCAGACCUUCUGGGGCCACACUUCCGACGUCAACUCCGUUUGCUUUCACCCGUCUGGCGUCGUGGUGGGGUCAGGCUCCGAGGACAAGACGUCGCGCCUCUGGGACCUGCGAAGCGACCAACAGGUAGCGGAGUACAAGCCGCCGACGGCCAACUCCGGCUUCACCUGCUGCGGCCUCAGCAGCUCCGGCAGGUACAUCAUGUGCGGCUCCGACGACAACACCGUCCACUUCUGGGACACCCUUAAGGCCACGCACCAAGGUACCAUGCAGGGCCACGACAACCGGAUCACGUCCCUGGCAGUAGCUGACAGCGGCAUCGCCAUCGCCACCUCCUCCUGGGACAUGAGUGUCAGGGUCUGGGGACUGUAGGCGACUCCUCCAGCCCCGCCCCGUGUUUACAUAGUACUUAUAGUAACCAUGUCGACCAUCGUACAUAUAUUGACCUAAUGGACAAAAGUAGA